AGGCCAAACUCGCAGCAGCCACAACUCGCGUUGGGACUAGCUGAGCAGUGCAACAACUCCAAUUCCUGCAGAAACAAUCUAUGAUCGGUCGCAAUGUUUCCAGUAAAGGGCCUCAGUAUUUCGGCCGAGAAGCUCAAGUCUGAAACGGGAGUUCCAGCCCCAUCCGCACCCUCUGCCCCGAAACCGAAGCCCGCGAAGAAGCGCAAGAGACCUGGACAGACGGGGAAUGUGACGGCGGAAAACUUGGCCGAUCUGUGGGAGAAGGUCAUUGAGCACAAGGGGCCAUCAGUUUCGGGGGCAAACAAGACACAGCCGAGGAAGGACAAUAAGCGCCAAAAGAAGGAGCAUGAGACUGCGGCUGCAAGCAAUCCCGAGGACGAGGACGGCACAGCUCAAAUAGGAAGCAAAGAACCGCAGAAUGAAUCAGGCGACAAACCCGGCAAGAAGCAGAAAAAGAAGGACAAAAAGGAGAAACGGGGCUCGCUUACAGCAACGACUCAGCCUGCUGAAGAGGACGAAGACGAGUGGAAUGGUAUCGACGAUGAGGAGGGGCCUUCCGGCGCUGUCCAGGAGGUGAAGGAGAAGACGGACAGGAAGACGAAGAAGCAAAAAGCAGGCGGCGAUAGCAAGGAUAAUGCCAAACCCAUCGACAAGAAACCCAAAUCCGACGCUGCGGCCCCUCCAUCAGCACCUCCCACUUCUACCGCACCGAAGCUCACCCCUCUACAAGCCUCUAUGCGCGAGAAGCUCGUCUCUGCUCGCUUCCGCCACCUCAACGAGACCCUCUACACCCGCCCCUCCGCCGAAGCCUUCCAGCUCUUCCAGGACUCCCCCGAGAUGUUUACCGAGUACCACGAGGGCUUCCGCCGGCAAGUCGACGUGUGGCCCGAGAACCCCGUCGACGGAUACAUCGCCGACCUCAAAUCACGCGCCAAAGUCCGCUUCCAGCCGCGCAACCCCAACGGCCCCGUCACCGCCGCCCAGCUCCCCCUCCCCAAGAUGCACAGCACCAAAACCUGCACGGUCGCCGACCUCGGCUGCGGCGACGCCAAGCUCGCCACCGCUCUCCAGCCCGUCGCGCGAAAACUGCACCUCGACAUCCGCAGCUUCGACCUGCAGACGGGCGGCUCGGCCCUCGUGACGCGCGCCGACAUCGCCAACCUCCCGCUCGCGGACGGCUCGGUCGACGUGGCCAUCUUCUGCCUCGCGCUGAUGGGCACCAACUGGCUGUCCUUCGUCGAGGAGGCCUACCGCGUCCUACGCUGGCGCGGCGAGCUGUGGGUGGCCGAGAUCAAGAGCCGCUUCGCCAACCCGGCCGCCGCGGCGUCCCACAGAUCCAAGGUCGUCGCGCACAGCGUCGGCAACCGCAAGAAGCCGUCCGCCGCGGCGACCAAGCAGGCCAAGGCCGCCGCCGCCGAGGAGGAGGAGGAGGCCGCGCAGCUCGCCGAGCUGGCCGUGCAGGUCGACGGCGCCGACGCCCGCGGCGGCAGACAGCAGCAGCAGCAGCAGCAACAACAAGAAACGGACAUUGGGGCGUUUGUGGAGGCGCUCCGGAAGCGCGGGUUCCUGCUGAGCCGCGACCUGGGCGAGGGGGCCGUGGACAUGAGCAACCGCAUGUUUGUGCGCAUGCACUUUGUCAAGGCGGCGCCCGCGAUCCGCGGCAAGUGCGCCGCGCCGGGGGCCGAGGAGAAGGCGGCCUCGCAGGGGGAGCGGAAGUGGACGGACGGGAAGGGGCGGACGGUGCAGAAGAAGAAGUUCCUUGAUGACGAUAGGGAUGGGGAUCGGGAGGGUGAUGGGAACGAGGCGGCGGUUUUGAAGCCGUGUGUUUAUAAGAUUCGGUAGUCUCCGACGUGUGUGUGCGAAAGCGGGGAGCAAAAACGGCAUUCUGGAAAAGAGUAUAAAACGGGGACGAAAUCAGCGACAGCAAUGCGAACCGAAUGUCCGGUCGA